AUGACGGACUCCCGGGAACUUGAACCCCCGCCACAGACCCACGUCGAGGACCCGGGGGCCCAUCAGCUGGCUGAAGCUUCAGACUCGGAGGACCAGUUCACAGACGCACAGUCUGCACCCACCAGUCCUGGCGUUAGCUCGCCGGUCCCCAAGACGAGAGUGGAAAAGGUCGACAAUGAGCCCGCAUAUGGAGAGGUGCCUGGCACCGAGGCAUACAAGAAGAGAGAGCAAGAUGCUGAGCCUGAUGAGAUUGCCAUGAUACCCGAAAACGACCCCGAGUCCUCACCUUCUACUCCUCUGGAACCGGGCACUGUUCCCGUCACACUUGUGGAAGAAUCCACUGGCGAUUACCCUGGCCAGCACGACCCAGAGGAGCAAGAGAAGCACAAGGCUGAUGCUACCCCUGAUAUAAUAUUGAGCCCAAAUGGCGAGUUAAGAAGCCGCUCUAGGAGGGACUCCCUCGCAUCUUCCCAACCAACAGUCUUGGCCACACAAAACCAAGAAGCAGAUGAUGAGGUAGCAGCUGAAGAAGAGGUCGACGAUUUCGGAGAUGAUUUCGACGACUUCGAGGAGGGUGCGCUAACAUUCUUGCAGUCGAUACCCGACUUCGAUGGGCUGAGCCUGGAUGAAGUCAUCUCCGCAGUAGAACCGUGUUUACCAAACCUCUUCCCUCCCGAAGAACUCGACUUUCAACCCUUUCCGCAUUUAUCAAAAGACUCUUCCAUUUUCCUUACACCACGCUCCGCCUCCCUAUGGUCCCAGCUCGUCGCUCCCCCACCCCUCGCACCGCCCGAUUGGAUUCGUUCGCGGACCCGCCGCCUAUUCCUCGUCUCUCUUGGGGUUCCCGUAGAUUUAGAUGAAAUCCUCCCAGCCUCCAAGCAGAAGAAGCUUGUGCUGCCGUCUCUCAAUAUCCCAUCAGCCUCACCUAGAGGGUCAAGCGACUUGCGAUCGGCGACAAGACUAAAACAAGGCGACGGAAAUGCUUCGUCUACAUCGAUAGACUCUCAGGGCAAGCCGUCGACGUCCAAGAGGAGGAAAGGACCGCCACCUCAGCCAGAGUUGGAUUUGGUGGUAGCGAAGCACCUUUGCCAGACGACGGAUGAAGCUCUGGACGGUAUGACAGAUCAGGAGCUGAAACAGCAUGUGGCCAAGUUGGAGGCCAUGCAGGGGGCGGCAAAAGACGUGCUAGAUUACUGGACAAAACGGACGGACGAAAAGAUUGGGGAUCGCGAGGCAUUUGAAGGGGUUAUAGAAAACUUGGUAGCACAUGCCCGUAAAGUACGCAAGUAG